ACAACGGGACGCCAGCAAUUUACAUCGACGCUCGAGCCGCAAUUGCACUACACGCUUAUCUCAGAUAUCUUGGUUAAAGGAAUACGCGAAACGCGACUCUUUUUUCACUCAACUGUGUGAUUUCUCUUUCGGUCUUAAUCCGAGUUCGAGCUUAGCAGUUGUGUAACUACAUGCACAAUGUCUCGUGGACGCGUAGUGUUGAUAUGAUAUAAACGCCAGUGUUGUACUUGGACAUGAAAGUGAACUGAUAAUAAUAGACGUGAACAGCCAGUAACAAUUAAACGAAAGUUUGUGACCGUGUAAAUUAAUAUUUUAUAGUGACACAAUGUCUGUGGGAGAAACGAACCAGGGUUUUUCAGAGGUGGACAAGGAACUCAGACGACACAGCCUGAAUCUGUCCAUUCAUUUCGAGGAUGAUAGACUGCCCGAUGGAAGUGGUGCUAAAACGCCGGGUAGAUUUGAAAGUUUUCGUUCAAGACACAACGCAUCUUUCAAAUACUCAUUAUUACUUAUUUUCAACUUGCUUGUAAUUACUUAUUUUACAUUUGCAACAUUGCACUGGUAUUCAAAAAAUGAGAAUUAUUUUGACUGGUGCGAUGGGUAUGGAAUGUUAUUACUCAUCGUUGGAUUUUCAUACUUUUUAUAUUUUUAUAAUCAUAUUGUUAAAAAAUACUUGAACAAAAGACUAAGUAAAUUACUAUUACCAUGUGUUCAAGGUAGCAAAAAUAUUAAACAAAAAGGAUGCAUCUUUUUCACUUUUCAAACGGGAUCGAGCAUUAUUAUUGCAUUAUCAAUUUUGAUAUUUAUUAUUAUUGAUACUUUAAAUUCGCCAGAUCGAUUGAAAAGUUUAGCUGGAAUUGGAGCUAUAUUAGCUUUUGGUUGGAUAUUCUCUAAAUAUCCAACUAAAGUCAAUUGGAAGCCGGUAGUAUGGGGCAUGAUAUUACAGUUUGCAUUUGGGUUAUUUACUAUCAGAUGGUCAGUAGGCCGUACUAUUUUUAAAUGCAUGUCAGACAAAGUGGCAACAUUCCUCGAUUUUGCUCAUACAGGGGCAAGUUUUGUAUACUCUGAACAAUUGGUCAACCAAGGGAUAUUUGCGUUUUCUGCGCUCCCAGUAAUAUUCUUCUGCAGCUUUUUUGUACAAGUUUUGUAUUAUUGGGGUAUUAUGCAAGUAGUAAUUACAAAAAUUGGUUGGCUCUUACACAUCGUUAUGGGGACUACCGUCUGUGAAUCUAUGAAUUCUGCUGCAAACACUUUUAUCGGCAUGACCGAGUCUCCAUUACUUAUAAAACCUUACUUGAAUUCAUUAACUGGAUCAGAAAUUCAUGCUAUUAUGUGUUCAGGAUUCGCUACUGUUUCUGGGACGGUUUUGGCAGCAUACAUCAAAUUUGGAGCCAACCCUGCGCAUUUAGUUACCGCUUCAGUAAUGUCAGCCCCUGCCGCCCUGUGUUUUUCCAAAUUAUUUUAUCCAGAAACCGAAAAGAGUGCAACGACUUUUAAAAAUAUCAAAUUAGAAAAAUCGCAGGAUACGAGCGUAAUCGAUGCUGCGACCAAAGGUGCUCUCGCGGCGAUUCCACUUGUUUUAGGUAUUAUCGCCAAUAUUAUAGCUUUUGUAUCUGCCACUGCUUUUUUGAAUGCAGUAUUGGCAUGGUUCAGCAGCUUGGUCGGUUAUGAAGGAAUUACUUUUGAGUGGGUACUAUCAAAAGUGUUUAUGCCAUUGAGUUGGUUGAUGGGAGUACCAUGGAGCGAAUGCGAAGACGUUGGUCAUUUAAUUGGGUUGAAAACUGUCGUUAAUGAGUUUAUAGCUUAUCAAAAACUUGGAGAGCUAAAAGAGCAAACAAGAUUGACACCAAGAACGGAAGCUAUAGCUACUUACGCGAUUUGUGGAUUUUCUAAUCCAGGUUCCAUUGGUAUAAUGGUUGGGGGAUUGACUUCAAUGGCCCCUGAAAAACGUGAGCAUAUAGCUGCUUCUGCUAUCAGAGCUUUUAUUGCUGGAAGUUUAGUUUGUUUUCUCACUGCAUGUACUGCAGGUGUGCUGAUGGAUGAUACUUUGUUUGAAACUCGAUUACAAAAUUUUACAAUUUCUGAAUCAUGAAAGUUUUAUUAAUUUGAAAGACAUGUAGACAUUUUUUUCAAGAUAAAUACUAGAAUAUUUAUUCGAUUUUUUAUAUGAUUUACAGUUGUAAUAAUGUACAAUAGCUUAAAUUAUGAUACUUUUAAACGUUUUAACAAACUAUUCAUUUUUUAUUUUUAUUUUUAUAUUCUUAUUUUUAACAAGAUAAUUUAAAACUUAUAUUGGUAAGCGUGUAAUACUUAUUUUGUAACAAUAUGUAAGGAGUCUCCUUUCAUCCCAAUUUAAAAAUGCAAUCUAAUACAUAAUAAUUAUGAGAAAUAGUAUAUAUAAUUUUUGAAUUGUUAUUUCAUUACGCUUUGGUUUAGUAGCUAAAUGCAGUGUUUUAAAAAGUACUUGUAAAUUUUAAAGCUAAAAAUUUUUUUCAGUUUUUAUGUAAUGAAAAACUAUACAAAUUACAAUUGCACUUAAUUUGAAA